UUAGUGAGCAUCAUGGCAACCGUGACUGCCACGACCAAGGUCCCGGAGAUCCGCGAUGUGACAAGGAUUGAGCGCAUUGGUGCUCACUCCCACAUCCGGGGGCUGGGCCUGGAUGACGCCUUGGAACCGCGGCAGGCCUCCCAGGGCAUGGUGGGCCAGCUGGCAGCCCGGCGAGCAGCAGGCGUCGUGCUAGAGAUGAUUCGUGAAGGGAAGAUCGCUGGGCGGGCAGUCCUCAUCGCCGGCCAGCCAGGCACUGGAAAGACAGCCAUUGCCAUGGGCAUGGCCCAGGCCCUGGGACCCGACACCCCAUUCACGGCCAUUGCGGGCAGUGAGAUCUUCUCCUUGGAGAUGAGCAAGACCGAGGCCCUGACACAGGCUUUCCGGCGGUCCAUUGGCGUUCGUAUCAAGGAGGAGACUGAGAUCAUCGAAGGGGAGGUGGUGGAAAUCCAGAUCGACCGGCCCGCCACGGGGACGGGCUCCAAGGUGGGCAAGCUGACCCUCAAGACCACGGAGAUGGAGACCAUCUAUGACCUGGGCACCAAGAUGAUUGAGUCUCUGACCAAGGACAAGGUCCAGGCAGGGGAUGUCAUCACCAUAGACAAGGCCACAGGCAAGAUCUCCAAGCUGGGCCGCUCCUUCACACGCGCUCGAGACUAUGACGCCAUGGGCUCCCAGACCAAGUUUGUGCAGUGCCCAGACGGGGAGCUCCAGAAGCGUAAGGAGGUGGUGCACACUGUGUCCCUGCACGAGAUCGACGUCAUCAACUCCCGCACCCAGGGCUUCCUGGCACUCUUCUCCGGCGACACAGGGGAGAUCAAGUCAGAGGUCCGCGAGCAGAUCAACGCCAAGGUGGCCGAGUGGCGCGAGGAGGGCAAAGCGGAGAUCAUCCCUGGGGUGCUGUUCAUCGACGAGGUCCACAUGCUGGACAUCGAGAGCUUCUCCUUCCUCAACCGGGCGCUGGAGAGCGACAUGGCGCCUGUCCUCAUUAUGGCCACCAACCGUGGCAUCACCCGCAUUCGGGGCACCAGUUACCAGAGCCCACACGGCAUCCCCAUCGACCUGCUUGACCGGCUGCUCAUCGUCUCCACCUCUCCCUACAGCGAGAAGGACACGAAGCAGAUCCUCCGCAUACGGUGUGAGGAGGAAGAUGUGGAGAUGAGUGAGGACGCCUACACUGUCCUGACGCGCAUCGGGCUGGAGACGUCACUGCGCUAUGCCAUCCAGCUCAUCACAGCUGCCAGCCUGGUGUGCCGGAAACGCAAGGGCACAGAGGUGCAGGUGGACGACAUCAAGCGGGUCUACUCCCUAUUUCUGGAUGAGUCACGGUCCACACAGUACAUGAAGGAGUACCAGGACGCCUUCCUCUUUAACGAGCUCAAAGGCGAGACCAUGGACACGUCCUGA